AUGCUAAUCAUGGAGCCCAGGUUCGUUUGCACCUUUAUUAAGAACCUCCUCGCUCCUGUUCUCAUCAAGUCGUACCAAACACCCGAUGCUGUGGACGCUCAAGCGCUUGCCGGAUGUGCCAUCUGGCAAGCUGCUCGAGCGACCUCGGCUGCGGCAACUUUCUUCGACACAAUCAGAAUCGGAAAUCAGACAUUUGUUGACGGAGCCUUCGGCUGCAACAAUCCCAUUUAUGAAGUUUUUGAUGAGGCUAAGUCGAUCUGGCCUGACGCUAUUACAAAUGCGCGCGUACAAUGCAUAGUCAGCAUUGGUACUGGUCUGCUAGACCUAAAGAACUUUGGGGAUAAUGCUGUCCAGUUGGUGGAAACCCUGCAACAUAUUUCUACCGAGACAGAGAAAACGCAUAAAAGAUUCCUUGAGCACCAUGAGCAUCUUGGCGUAGGCAGCAGGUAUUUUCGAUUCAACGUUACCCAAGGCAUGUCAGACAUUAAACUUGGCGAGUCUGAGCGUCUAGACGUUAUCGAAGCAGCAGCAGAGCUCUAUCUAAACGAGCGUCUGGUCAAAGACUCGGUGAAAAUGUUUGUAUCGAGCAGGGCACCCAUGAACCGUACGUAG